CAUGACCGUUGUGACUCCCAGGCGUUACCAACAAUUCAAAUAUCUCUCUCGCCGUCCUCCACUUCGCCCAACAAUCACAGCAAUCUCACAUUCUACUGGCAUUCAAGCUCUCUUUCUCACUAGAACAAGCGAUUUCUCUGCUCAAGAGAUUCACAAAAGCACUGCACAGUUUAGUUUGCACACUUUCACUCACUCACUCACGAUUUUUUUUUUUUUAUCUGCUUUACAUUUUUUUCUUUCUCUCAGUAAUUCGUAAUGGCAGAAUCUAAAGAUACCCAUGUAAUCGAAAUUCCCGUCGACGAGGAGCAUCAGCAGAAAAGCCUCUCUGCAAUAACCACCAUCUCUGCAAUGCAGCACCACCCAUUAAUGGAAAUCUCCCGGAGUCCCGGCCAUUUGUUGCUUCUCAAGCUCUGGCAAAGAGAGGAAGACCUCUUCGGGAAGCGAAUCGCCAGGAAAGAAAUCCGACUAGAUAACAUCAAGCGCGAAAUAUUCCAAUUGUGUUGUUUCUUUCUCGCCUUUCAUGGGCUCUUCUUAACCAUUCUCUACACCUCUGCCAUUAAUACCCAACACCACACUUGUAGGCAAUGGUGGCUUCCCUCUUCCUUGUCUCUUUUUACUUCACUUGUUAUGAUAUGUUUGGUUCAGGUGAAGCUUUUCAGGUACUGGAAGGUUUGGAGGCAGUUGCAGAGGGAGAAGAGCGACAACCGAGCGCUUACGAGGUGUAUUCAGGAACUAAGGAUGAAAGGGGCUAGCUUCGAUUUGUCCAAAGAGCCGCACAAAGCAAAGAGGAUGAAAAGCUCCAGUGUUGAAAUUAAGUGGAGGCCGUAUGCUUGGUGUUCACAGAAUGUUGUUACUAUCUGUCUUGUUUGUUUUACUGGGUUGGUGUUCCCGGUUUGCAAAUUUAUCCUCUGCGGUUGAUGGUCGGUUUCUUGCUAUCUCGGCGUCAAUUCAAUUCAAUGCGGUAUUGGGUCGCUGGAGAUCUGUUGGAUCGAUCUAUCUAUGGUAUGGCAGUGACUAAGGAACUGAUGCUGAUCUGCUGUAGACGAAGAAUGGAUCUUGGGCGUGUAAUUGUGUUGUGCCACCCACAAGCCACAACCCCGUCAAGGACUACUUCUUCAAAAUUUCUAUCAGUCAAUGGAAGGUGUGUGAUUGCUGAAAAAGCUUGUAUUACGAAGAACACCAUGAAACUCUGGCCCUGCUGAAGAAAGGAAGAUUAUGGUUGAAGAGCCAGCGCUAGGGUGGGAGAACACUGCUUGUGCUCCAACUUUUAUGUACAUAAAUAAAACUGCUGACUUGUGUUAUUUCCAUUUAUCAUUUUCUCUUUCUUUUGUUGCUAAUAACAGUGCCAAAAAAUUUGAACACCAAUUUGAAUCUCAAUCCCAGCAGAAAGGGAUUUGUGGAUGUUGCAAGUAUAUGAAAGUACUAUAUGUAUGAACACUUGGAAAGUCAUUAAGGCUGGCUUUGUUUUUUUCCCCAAUAGAAACUGCAAAAAAAAUUUAAAUUUUC